AAAACUGGACCCAGGCAGCCCAGACACAAACAGAAACAGCCGGAGAGAGGAGGGGGAACCGGAGAGAGAGAGAGAGGAGAAGCCAAAUCUCGGCUGCGAUUGUGGCCGGCGAGAUGGAGGCGGAGUGGUGGGAGUGGGACGGGACGGUCCUGCAGGACGCCGCGGAGAUGGACGAGCCCGGAAGGGUGGGGCUCGCCGCCGGGCUGCUCGACGUGAACCCAGGCCGCGGCCAGGAGAGGUUCGAGAGGGAGUGGGAGCAGAUGGAGGACGAGAUCUACCGCCAGGUGCUCGCCAUCGGCUCCUUCGCGAGGCUGGAUAAUGAUGAGGAUGGACGUAGGGAAUUCGGCCGUCAAACCGCACUGCACACCUAUCUUGGCGACGUUGAUGAUAUACCGGGCAGAAAAGCUACUCUCUUAGAAGCUGGUUCGAUCCUCAGCCUGCCAAUGCUCUUUCUUCACGGUGUCGUCCUGUUUCCUGGAGCUACCUUGCCUCUGAAACUAAUUGAGGCUAGGUUUGUGGCAGCUGUCGAGAAGGCUUUAAGGCGUGAUGAUGCCCCGGGCACAAUAGGCGUGGUUCUCAUGCACGGACGGCCAAAUCAUCGAAACUAUGCUAAUGCUUCAGUUGGAACCACAGCAGAGAUACGGCAACUUGGACGGUCGGAUGAUGGUUCAAUAAAUGUUAAAGCACGUGGUCAGCAACGAUUUCGUCUGAUUCGUUACUGGUCGGAUGUUGAUGGGGUGGUGUGGGGUGAGGUUCAAAUCAUUGAGGAAGAUCCUCCACUAAGAACUCCAAGAGGUGCAUUUGCACAGCUAGCUGCAUCUAGGAGCUGCCGGCUGCAUACUUCUUCACCAGUUAUGAGCUUGGAUGUGCCACCAAUGAAACAACAGGGCCUUAUGGAUUCAGGCCUAGAUUGUGAUACUCCUUCUGCAAGUGAUUCAAGUUCACAGUCUAGCAAUUCAACGAAGCCUUCUGGUCAGUCAGGCGAGAAUACCAACAUGGAUGAGGAGGAUUAUAUUUGCUCGACACCCUCGAGCUCAAGAACAGAUACAAAGCACCAGCACCAGUACAAUGCUGCUAAUUACUCGAAGAAGCCUCUUCAGGCAUCAUUGGCCUUUUGGCCUCAAUGGGCUUAUGAAAUGUAUGACCCAUAUUCACUUGCCUGUAGAGCUGCUGAUUUGUGGAGACUGAUAAUCAAAACGCCAAGCAUUGAUGAGCUUGUAAAAAAGCCAGAUCUUUUGUCAUUUUACAUCGGAAACCAGCUUCCAGUAUCGGAACCUGUGAGACAAAAAUUGCUGGAGAUUAAUGGGGUUUCGUAUCGCCUACGAAGGGAGAUCCAGCUUCUAAAGGCCUGUGAUCUCAUAAAAUGUGGAUACUGCAAGUCUGAAAUAGCAAAGCACAGUGAUGUGGUGGUGAUGUCUAGCGAUGGGCCUCUCGGUACUUACGUCAACAAUCAUGGGUACGUGCAUGCAACGAUUACUGUGAACAAUGCAACGGGGCUUGCUCUCGAGGGGGAACCCACAGAAGAACACAGCUGGUUUCCAGGAUACGCUUGGACUAUCGCGUCGUGCGUGCCCUGCGGUUCCAACAUAGGCUGGCGGUUCAGUACCACCAAGAGGCAUCUGCACCCGAAAUCCUUCUGGGGGAUCCGCAGCUCCCAGAUCGCGGAUGUUGUAGAUGUAGAACAACAGCAGGAGGAAGAAUGAUAUGCCGCCCUCCGUGUACAGCCAACCCUGCCUUGACUUGUGUCGUCUUCUUCCGUUUCCGCAGACAUAGAACCUCUCUUGUUUUUCUAGCCUAGCCCCAUGUAUACCCGCCUUUCGCCCUCAGAGUGGUAGCCAGUGAAGUUCCUGGGAGACUAGCGAACCUAUCUUCUUGACUGUGUUGUGUGCGCGCGUAGUCCGUUUCAGAAAUUUUCUGAGAUGCACCUAGGCUGGAUAAUAAGUUUUCCGGAUGCUAAACAAAGCAUGUCUGUGGAAGUCUGUCUGUACUUAAAUAAGUGCGUUAUGUUGGAAAAAGAAGUCUAGCUCCAUUUGAGAUGA